CACGUACCUCCUUUAGUUUAGACCUGUUUCUCUACAACUAGCGCAAUGGCCGCCCUCACUUGCCGCGUUCGCGCGUUCACCACCUCGCGGCCUCAGGCUGCCCGGCCCCAGGUCGGCGCUCGCCCUGCCGUUCGCCGCCCCGUGAGCAUUGUUCGCGCUGUCGCGGAGUCUGCUGUUGAUGUGGAGAGCUACGUCGACGAGCUGGACGUGCCCAUGGCUGAGAGCACCCCUCUUGCUGCGGCUGGCGAGAAGGUCCGCCUUCGCAUUCGCAUGCGCAGCUACGAGAAGCAGCUGCUGGAGGACUGCGUGGCUCAGAUCCAGGCCGUCGCGGAGGCCACCGGCGCUGUGUUCAAGGGGCCAGUGAUGCUGCCCACCAAGCGCCGCAUUUACUGUGUGCUGCGCUCGCCCCACGUGAACUCCAACUCGCGUGAGCACUUCGAGAUCCGCAGCCACCACCGCCUGGUGGACCUGAAGAACCUGUCGGCGGAGACCGUGUCCAUGAUGAUGCAGUGGGUGCCCCCUUCGGGUGUUGAGGUGGAGUGCUCCAUCGCCUAAACGUUGCACCUGGCGCGACGUUGGAAGCGGAGCGGCGGUCGGCGGCCUGCCGGCCGCCGGCAUGGGUUUUAGGCACAGGAGGCGUCACAGCAUGGCGGAGAGCGGCGUCGCUUUGGCACAGGCAGCAGAGGAGGCCGCCACAGUAAGCUUGUGAUGGCAGCCGGCCGCAGUGCAAGCGGCACGGGUGGCGGCGGAAGGCAUGUUGGCGUGCCCCAUUCUUGCAGCAGCGGGUCGUUCACCGUAGCAGCGCAAGGCUGGCGGCUGUGCGGUUGCGCACGCGGAGGAUGCGGGGCGCUGCUGCGGAUAAGCUGCUGAUGAUGUGCGAUGGAUGCGGAGGCGUUUUGUGGGAGAGCGGCAACAAGGCUGCGUCUUGGGACCAACCAUAGGUUGCCAAGGCCGCAAGCCUGAAUAGGGUGCAACUCAACCGGGGUCAGGGGGCAGAGUUUUUCGUGCCGCAACGCUGCUUCUGUUUCCCUAUCCUGGGUGCCCUGCUUGCGAAGGUUUGAGAGCGGUCGGUUAGCAAUGGAAGCGUUAGCGGCAAGCGCUGUGCGCACGUGAAUGAGGAUGGCCGCAAUUGAUUAGUUGUGUAGGGCGAAUGCCCCACCGAGAAAGAGAGGUUAGGCAUGGGCUAAGAGGAGGUCUUGGAACUGGCGGAAGAAAGGGUGUAAUAUUUGAAAGAC